GGCUUCCUUCCUGGCAACUUCCUUCUUAUCAAUCAAACAAACAAUAAUUAAAUAUUCCUGUACGAUUUCUUAAUCUUUUCUGAUGAUCUGUGCUUCCAUUUCUGAUUGAAUCGAAUCAUCUGGAGUUCAACAUCUUCCACUUCUCAUCUCAUUAUACCAUCCCCUCUGUACGUACCAGAUCUCAUUAUAUAUUCUUCUCUGGUCUGUGUUUUCUGCUCUCUUUUUUCUGAACACUGCUUAAGCAAACCAGCAUUUGAAGAACAUCUAGAAUCCAGGGUCAAAGGAGAAAGUGUAUGAAAAUGGUUAGACAGAAUGAUCCAUUUUGGAAUCAUGUUGAGAAGUUGGAUGCUGGUUCUUUCAAGUGUACAUUUUGUGGGUGUGAAUUUGCUGCUGCUACUUCCAUUUCGAGGAUCAAAUGGCAUUUGUCAGGAGUGAGAGGGCGUGGUGUUAAAAUAUGUGAGAAAGUUCCUGAAGAAGUUCAAGAUGCAGCCCGUGCAGCUAUUGAUGGCCCUCCAGAAAAAAGAAAUAAAUAUGAAGCAGGAUCGAGCAAUAAUGAGGUCACUAAUGCAAUUUCAGCUCCAGCAAAAGAUCAGAACAAUGAAGUGAUACAUUUAGAAAUGGCACAACAAGAAGAAGCUUUUUCCCCUGGAGCGCUCGAACGUUGGAUGGAUAGCAUCACUGAUAAAGAUAUCGAGUCUAUGUUGGGACGUAGUUCUCCUGAAGAGCUUCUGCAUGAUGCAGUGGAGACUGUACCGAGAACAGAAAAGGUGCAGCAUCUGGAGAGAGGUAGCUCUCAUGAGAGGACAUCAAUUAAUCAAGCUGAUGAGCCUCAAGGAGAUUCAUCCGAGCCAACAGAUCUAUUGUGUCUUGGCCUUGGAAGAUGUUACGAUCAACUCUGUUCAACAGUAAACAAUGAUGCCAUGAUGAAUGAAGUGCAGAACAUGGUUAAAGUGAGGACAGCACCAGUGUUACGCUUGUUGGAACAAAGCAAUGCAGUACAUGACUGUUUGGCAGGGGAUGCUGGAAGGAUACCAGUGGGAGUUCAGGGCAUGGAACAAGGUGCGGCGGAAGACAGAAUUUGUUCACAUUUAGAAGCGGAAAAUGGCAUGGGAAACACUGGUGAAGGAUCUAUUCAGCAUGUUGACAGAAGUUUCUCUCCUCAGAGACACACAGUUGAUGCACAUGAGAAUAGAGGAGAAGAAACACAAAGAAUAGAUCUAGUGAAUCAAUCAGCUGGUUUUUCAAUGGAGGAGGAGGAGGAGGAUGUGGAGGACAAUAUCGGAAGGUUAGUGCCGCCUGGCGCAGGAACUAGCUCUUCUAUAGGCCUUAAAUACAACACAAGUGAGACUAGAGGAGAUCCAAUUCCUCCUAGCUCAACAAAGUUAGUGGGUCGAGCAUUUGAAGAGAACAAGAAUGUGAUAUGGUCUCUGUUAAUGGAUGAUAAAUUCUCAACCAUUGGCAUUUAUGGAAUGGGAGGAGUUGGUAAAACGACAAUGUUACAACAUAUCCAUAAUGAGCUUCUAGAAAGAAGAGACAUUUCUCAUCGUGUAUAUUGGGUGACUGUGUCUCGAGAUUUCAGCAUUAAUAGAUUGCAGAAUCUUGUUGCUAUAUGCCUUGAUUUAGAUCUUUCUAGAGAAGAUGAUAAUCUGCGUAGAGCUGUCAAAUUGUCAAAAGAACUAGUGAAGAAACAAAAAUGGAUUCUCAUCUUAGAUGAUUUAUGGAACUCUUUUGAGCUACACGUAGUGGGAAUUCCAGUAAAUUUGGAAGGAUGCAAGCUGAUUAUGACAACUCGAUCAGAAAACGUUUGUAAACAGAUGGAUAGCCAACACAAAAUCAAAUUGAAGCCACUUUCUGAGAGCGAAGCUUGGACUUUGUUCAUGGAGAAACUUGGAGAUGACAAAGCACUUUCUCCAGAAGUGGAGCAAAUUGCAGUAGAUGUUGCAAGGGAAUGUGCUGGUUUGCCAUUGGGAAUUAUUACAGUGGCAAGAAGUUUAAGGGGAGUGGAUGACCUAUAUGAGUGGAGGAAUACAUUGAAUAAAUUGAGAGAAUCAAAAUUUAAUGACAUGGAAGAUGAGGUAUUCCGGUUACUGAGGUUUAGUUAUGAUCAGUUAGAUGAUUUAACACUACAGCAUUGUCUCUUAUAUUGUGCAUUAUUUCCUGAAGAUCAUAUAAUUAGAAGGGAUGACCUCAUAAAUUAUUUGAUCGAUGAGGGAAUAAUGAAAGGAAUGAGGAGCAGUCAAGCAGCAUUUGACGAGGGCCACACAAUGCUUAAUAAACUUGAAAAUGUCUGCCUAUUGGAAAGGCUUGGUGGCGGUAUAUUUAUCAAGAUGCAUGACUUGAUUAGGGACAUGGCCAUUCAAAUACAGCAAGAGAACUCUCAAAUCAUGGUUAAAGCAGGUGUGCAAUUAAAAGAAUUGCCAGAUGCAGAGGAGUGGACAGAGAAUCUUGUGAGAGUUUCACUAAUGUGUAAUCAAAUUGAAAAAAUUCCCUGGAGCCAUUCACCAAGGUGUCCCAAUCUGUCAACUCUAUUUCUAUGUUAUAAUACAAGGUUGCGAUUCAUUUCAGAUUCAUUUUUCAUGCAAUUACAUGGACUCAAGGUACUCAAUCUGUCUAGCACAAGCAUUAAAAAAUUGCCUGAUUCUAUCUCUGAUUUGGUGACUCUUACUGCAUUAUUGCUGAAUAGUUGUCUGAACUUAAGGGGUGUACCAUCAUUAAGAAAGCUCACGGCACUAAAGAGGUUAGAUCUCUUUAAUACUGAACUUGGAAAGAUGCCUCAAGGAAUGGAAUGUCUAUCCAACCUCUGGUAUCUUAGACUCGAUUCAAAUGGAAAAAAGGAGUUUCUCAGUGGGAUAUUACCUGAACUCUCUCACUUGCAAGUGUUUGUAUCUAGUGCUUCGAUAAAGGUUAAAGGAAAGGAACUAGGAUGCUUAAGGAAGUUAGAAACUUUGGAAUGCCAUUUUGAAGGUCACUCUGACUUUGUGGAGUUUCUUAGAUCUCGGGAUCAAACCAAAUCACUAAGCAAAUACAGAAUCCAUGUAGGGCUUUUAGAUGAUGAAGCUUAUUCUGUAAUGUGGGGAACUUCCAGCAGAAGGAAAAUAGUUGUUUUGAGUAACUUGAGUAUCAACGGAGAUGGAGAUUUUCAGGUCAUGUUCCCGAAUGACAUUCAAGAACUGGACAUUAUUAAUUGUAAUGAUGCAACAACUUUAUGCGACAUUUCAUCCGUGAUAGUGUAUGCAACUAAACUAGAGAUCCUCGACAUUCGGAAGUGCAGUAACAUGGAGAGCUUGGUUUUAUCUUCAAGGUUCUGCUCUGCUCCACUUCCAUUGCCAUCUUCUAACAGUACAUUUUCUGGUCUUAAAGAGUUUUAUUUCUGUAAUUGUAAGAGUAUGAAGAAGCUGCUCCCUCUUCUCUUGCUGCCAAACCUCAAAAACUUGGAAAAGCUUGCAGUUGAAGAAUGUGAGAAAAUGGAGGAGAUAAUAGGAACACCAGAUGAAGAAAUCAGCAGCAGCAGCUCCAAUCCGAUCACAAAAUUCAUACUCCCAAAGUUAAGAAUUCUGAGAUUGAAAUAUUUACCAGAAUUGAAAAGCAUUUGUGGUGCAAAAGUGAUUUGCGAUUCUCUUGAAUAUAUUGAAGUAGACACAUGUGAGAAGCUGGAGAGGUUUCCAAUUUGUCUUCCGUUGCUUGAAAAUGGCCAGCCAUCUCCUCUCCCUUCUCUUAGAAGUAUUGCGAUAUAUCCAAAAGAAUGGUGGGAGUCAUUAGCGGAGUGGGAGCAUCCUAACGCUAAGGAUGUCCUUCUACCCUUUGUGUGUUUUCGAGCUGGAUGACGAUUCUUCUCUUAAUAUAAAUAUAAUAUUGAAUUACAGGCAAAUGGUGAAGGAAGACAAGCCUCUUAUUCAACAAGGAUUGAAAAGAAGGCAUGUUGCCUAUUCCGGAUUCGCUGCCUUUGAUCCAAAGUUCUUAAUUUUACUGUUGAGCAAUGUUUUUCUGCAAAGAGCUUGGUUGCUUCUCAUUCUUUUGAGAUCAGGAUUUAUAGCCCUGUCAGGAUUAAGCUAUUAUGAUUAUUUUUCUUUAUGAUAAAGAUCUUGUAAUCUUUGAUUUUAUCUAUAAAUAAAAUUGGAGGGAUGGCAGUAACCUCUAAGUUCUUGUUCUGCUCCU